AUGGCGGCGAACGCGAACUCCGCCGGCGGCGGCGGCCUCUCGCUCUUCGAGUGCCCCAGCUGGGCAGGGAAACCACCACCUGGCUUACAUCUGGAUGUAGUUAAAGGAGACAAACUCAUUGAGAAACUCAUCAUUGAUGAGAAGAAAUACUAUCUCUUUGGGAGAAAUCCUGAUCUGUGCGACUUUACCAUUGACCACCAGUCUUGCUCUCGGGUCCAUGCUGCCUUGGUCUAUCACAAACAUCUCAAGAGGGUUUUCCUCAUAGAUCUAAACAGCACACAUGGAACAUUUUUGGGUCAUAUCCGUUUGGAACCUCACAAACCCCAACAGAUACCCAUUGACUCCACGGUUUCAUUUGGCGCUUCUACACGGGCAUAUACUCUGCGAGAGAAGCCUCAGACACUGCCAUCAGCAGUUAAAGGAGAUGAGAAAAUGGGUGGUGAAGAUGAAGAGCUCAAGGGCUUGCUGGGCCUGCCAGAGGAGGAGACAGAACUUGACAACCUGACAGAGUUUAAUACAGCCCACAAUAAAAGAAUUUCCACGCUAACCAUUGAGGAAGGGAACUUGGAUAUUCAGAGACCAAAGAGAAAACGGAAGAACUCCAGAGUGACAUUCAGUGAUGAUGAUGAAAUCAUCAAUCCAGAGGAUGUGGACCCUUCUGUUGGGCGUUUCAGGAACAUGGUACAGACAGCAGUAGUCCCUGUUAAGAAAAAACGGUUGGAGAAUCCAGGCUCAUUGACCACAGAUGAUUCUGCAUCACGACGUAUGCAAAACUUUCCCUACAGUGGAGGAUUAUAUGGUGGUUUACCUCCAACUCACAAUGAGGCAGGUUCCCAGUCGCAUGGCGUCCAUGGGACAGCACUCAUUGGUGGUCUGCCAAUGCCCUACCCCAAUCUUGCCCCAGAUGUGGACUUGACUCCUGUUGUGCCCUCAACAGUUAACAUGAACCCAGCUCCAAACCCUGCUGUCUUUAAUCCUGAAGCUGUGAAUGAACCCAAGAAGAAGAAAUAUGCAAAGGAGGCAUGGCCGGGCAAGAAGCCAACCCCUUCCCUACUGAUCUGAGUUGGGUUUUGUUGAGGGAGGGUGGGAGUUACGAACUCCA